UAACUGGAGGUUGCUGACUGUAGUUAUUCUUAACUCGCCGCCAGCCUGCAAGGAAUAUGAAUAGUACUCGAGACAUUUAACAAAUCUCCUGUCUGGAUCUGCCCCGGCCCCUUACUGCCGUCACAUAUUUAUUUAAAAUUAAGGUGCCAGAACCAAACUGGUCAUUCGGGAGUGGGACUUCUUUCGGCAACUUCUGAGGACAACGCGAUCAAAACAAAGCGGGCGGCGUUUGUUGCUUUAGAAGUGCACAACUUCGAAGGAAAGGAACAGUUUGUCACUCUUUAUUAACGUUCUCGCAGCUCAGCAUGAGGAUUUGGUUCGCAGCGACGCUCCUUGUUCUCGCCGCAGUUUCUUGCAACCCUGCGGUGGGAGCGGCGAUCGAUGGCUACGACAGUGAAGUCACUCGGAGCCGCAGAAGGGGAGAGAAGGAUAUUCUGACCAUCCUAGAAGGGGUGCUUGAGCAGGAACCAACUACACAGACAGUGGAGCGCCCACCAGCUGACCGAGUUUUCGACAACUCGCAAGCGGCCUUUUAUAAAUCUGCGGAAAAUUCGACUGUGACCGAUGAGGGGAAGCGCAAAGGGAAACGUGAAAGAAAAAACAAACGUGGCAAGAGAAAGGGUAAAAAAAACCCAUGCUACAGAAAGUACAAGGAUUUCUGCAUCCAUGGGGAAUGCCAGUACAUACGGCACAUUAAGGAGGUAGCAUGCAGAUGUUUCUCUGGAUAUGAAGGAAUAAGGUGUGGUACUUUCAUUUUAGCUGUGGAACAUCCAAAAGAUCCAAAUGACAACACAACUACUCUGGCAAUUGUAGCAGUGGUCCUUUCAUCUCUAAGUCUGACAGUAAUCCUUGUUCUUCUAGUUCUAGGAUAUCACAGACGAGUUGCCAGCUAUGAUGUAAAAAAUGAAGAAAAGAUUAAACUUGGAAAUAAUAACACUCAUUAAUUUUAAAAAUGGUACAAAAUGCCUAUAAAAAUCUACCUCAUAGAUGGAAGAAAACACGAAAGAAAUGGAGUGAUGUAAACAGUCAAUUUGUUCAUGUAGUGAAUGACUAAAGUGACUACAUCCAUUGGAUGCAUGUGUGUUCCCCAGCAGCUGGGAGACUGUAAAUUACAGAUGUACCAACCUUUUGCAUUUUUUGAAUAUACUGUUAAUAUUUAAAACAAUUUAUUUAUAUCUGGUUAUUAAAUUGUCAGUACAUAUUUAUUUUAGUAUUUUAUAUUUUAACUUAUUUAGGCUAUUUGCAACUUAUUAUUUAAAGCAUGUGAUUUUAUGCUGCUGCCUCUUUAAUAUCUGUAUAUGUGUUCGUAAGAAAUAUUUAAGAGUUUCUGAAGUAAAAUGCCCUUCCUAACAGUAAAUGAACAGCUCAUUAUGAAUUGCUGGUGUAAAAUAAAUUUGUGUUUUUUUUAAUA